AUGGAGGCAUGGAGGGAGGAAGCUUAGCUUCAACUGUACGCCAAAAUCAUAUAUAGCUCACCGUCCCGAAGAAUUCAUCUAUAUAUCCACUAACUAAAGAAGCUUCUUCUCCACACACACACACAGUCUCUCUCUCUCUCUCUGCGUCUUGCCGCCAUUAAAGCGCUCACGCCCUUUCACACGAGAAAGCUAGCGAAGCUGUAUUGGUAUUGGUGGCACCUGCUGUUAUAUUUCUUUCAUCCGCAGGUCUCUUCUUAUUAUUAUUUAUUACACAAUCGCUGCAAUUGUUGGGUCGCUCUGUUGAUGAAAAGCAGAGGAAACCCAAUGGCGGCGGAAAGCGCAAGCGCAAGUGCAUUUCUCCUCCUGCUGGCCAUUUUCUCUAUAUCGCCAUCGCGGGAAGCGUCAAUCCUUCACCCGGACGAUUUCCUUUCCCUCCAAGCGAUCCGCAAAUCCCUAUCGGACUUGCCGGGUUCGGAUUUCUUUUCGCGGUGGGAUUUCACCGGCGAUCCCUGCAGCUUCCCCGGCGUCUUCUGUGACGGUGAUCGCGUCGUCGCUCUGGCCCUUGGUGAUCCCCGUGCCGGCACUCCGGGACUUGCCGGCCGCAUCGACCCCGCCAUUGGCCGCCUCUCUGCGCUCGCGGAGUUCUCACUCGUUCCUGGCCGGGUCAUCGGCCGCAUCCCUGACACACUGUCCUUCUGCUCUUCCCUACGAUUUCUUGCCCUCAGCGGAAACUUCCUCUCAGGCCCCAUACCCUCAUCGAUCGCGUCCCUCCGCCUGCUUCGCACCAUCGAUUUAAGUUUCAAUCUCCUUUCCGGCGAGAUUCCGCCACCGAUUUUCUCCCUUCCCGCCCUUUCCAACAUCGUCCUCUGCUAUAACCGCCUCUCCGGAAAUAUCCCUUCCUUCCCAUCCUUCUCCCAACUCCUCCGUCUCGAUGUCAAGCACAACAAUCUAUCCGGCGAACUCCCCGCUCUCCCCUUCUCCAUCCGUUACCUCGCCGCCUCCAGAAAUCAACUCUCAGGUCGAACCGAUGCCGUCCUGCCGGGGCUCACCAAUCUCGAUUACCUCGACCUCAGUAUGAACCGCCUCACCGGACCAGUCCCCAGCGGCGUGUUUUCCCUCCCGCUCUCAUCACUCUUGUUGCAACGGAACGAGCUUGUCGGCGCGGUGGCUCCGGUGGCGGAUGUCAGGAUAGCGGAGGUGGAUUUGAGUUACAAUCGGCUAUCCGGGCCCGUGUCGCCGCUGCUUUCGGCAGUGGGCAGAUUGUACCUUAACAACAACCGGUUCACAGGGGAGGUCCCGGCGAGGUUCGCAGAGAGGCUGGAAGCGGCGGGGAUGGAGGUGCUUUACCUGCAGCACAAUUUCUUGACGGGGAUGGAGAUCUCACCGGCGGCGAAUAUUCCGGUGACGAGUUCGUUAUGUCUUCAGUAUAACUGUAUGGUGCCGCCUGUGAACACGCAGUGCCCGCUUAAGGCUGGGCCGGAGAAGACCCGGCCGGCGGAUCAAUGCCCCGCUUGGCGGGGCUGAGUGGGCCGCCCGGUUCAGUUCCGUAGAGCCGGCGGGAAAGCGAUCGGGAUUCAUUCUUUCGUGAAAUUAUUAUUAUAUAUCAUGGGGGCACAUAUUGAUAUUAAUUAAAUUACAUCAUAAAGUAAAAGACGAGGGAAAUAUAAGUGUCGAAAUAUAUCAAUGAUUUCUUUCUUAUUCGUCAAAGUAGUGCUGAGUUGGUUAGAAUUAGUACUACGAGUUCCGAAUCGGCUGUGAUUUGGGCAAGAAAAGAUACAGUAAAUGUGUUUUUUUGGUGAUUAUUGACACUGUAAAUCUUAAGGUUGAGUUUAAUAACCCUAAUUCAAUAUUGGACGAUU